AUGAAUAUUGCUCGAAUGAAUUUCUCUCAUGGAACUUAUGACUAUCAUCAAGGAACCAUUGACAAUGUUAGAGAAGCUGUUAGGCAAUUGAGUGCUGAAUAUGGAGUUGGUGAACAUCCUGUUGGAAUUGCUUUGGAUACUAAGGGACCUGAGAUCAGAACUACUCUAUUAGCUGGCGGUCCUUCUGCUGAAGUUGAAUUAGUUCGAGGAGCUACCAUCAAAGUCACUACUAAAGAUAAAUACAUCGAUAAAUGCUCUGCUGAAAUUUUACACUUGGACUAUAAAAAUAUAGUCAAAGUUGUUUCUCCUCAUUUCGCCAAGACAUUAAAAUUAUCUCUAAAAUUAAAAACCCGGAAGGUGUUAAAAAGAUAA